AAGGGAGCUGAGCCAAUGGGCGAACAAGGAGUCUUUUGGAACUACCCAAUCCUGCCUGGGCGAAGUGGGAAAAAAAAAAAAAAAAAAAAGGAGCGCGCGGGGUCUCCGCCCAAAACGCGAGUUAGUGAAGAUAGUUGUAUCCCGUCAGCCCCUGGGCCGCGGCAGGAUAGCGUUUCUUACGUCGCGUCAACCAAUAGAAGCGGAGGACGCAGUGAUACAUUGGCAAGGACAAUCAGAAUGCAGACUCCAGUAACUCUUCUGGCUUCACCAGCUCUGCUCCGCUGCUGUUCUCGAAUUCUAACUAGGCCAGCUUCCCUAUCUUUAUUGAGCAGGCCUGAGACUCAAACUGUGCAGCCUUUUGGCUUUUCCACUCAUCAGCUGGCUCAUCGGGAAAUCCAAACCAGCUCUGCCUCCCGUGAUAUUGAUACAGCUGCUAAAUUCAUUGGUGCUGGUGCUGCUACGGUGGGAGUAGCUGGUUCAGGAGCUGGGAUUGGAACAGUGUUUGGCAGCUUAAUCAUUGGUUAUGCCAGGAACCCAUCCCUCAAGCAGCAAUUGUUUUCUUAUGCUAUCCUAGGUUUUGCCCUUUCGGAAGCCAUGGGGCUCUUCUGUUUGAUGGUGGCAUUCCUGAUUCUGUUUGCCAUGUAAAAAGCCUCUGCUGUUCUCUCAGUUUAAGCCUGCUGUUAGAGAUAUAAACAACUUUAAAUAAAUAUAAUUGAAGUUUU